AUCCUAUGGAAGGGAUGUACCUGGCUUCCCCACUUACUCUCACCUACCGACCACUUAAAUAGGCGGCGGAAUAACCGAUGUCAUCAGUUAGUUCUUAGCGGUUUCGAGUCGGUUCUCGUGUUCAGAAUUAAACUUUUGCGGAAUCCAUAAACCCAUCAACUUCGGGAACGAUUUUUCGCUUCAAAUAUUUCCUUCCCGAACAAUGUCUUGAAGAAACCUUUCGAACAUAUAUAUAUAUAUAUAUAACAAUAUAACUGGUGCGUGUCGAGAAUUCUUUUGCUGAAACCACAAAAUGUACAAGCAGUAUUACAAGAAAUUCUUCCCACGAUGGCUUCCGACGCGAGUUUUGAUCGGUAUAAUGAUGUUCACGGCCUGUUGGAGCAAUUACAUGCUAAGGUUGCAAAUGCCAAUCCUGGCCGUGCCAAUGAUCAAGGCUCGGCCCACAGUUGGCAACUUAUCGGGUACCGCCUCUAACAUAAUACAUCGCACGAUGGCCUGGCUGGAUCCUGGCAUUUAUCUCGAAGACUACAUCCUUGCGGAGAGGAUAGAGGCCGCCCAGAGCGCAGUCGCCAAUUCGAAGGCGUACAACGGUCGCGUACGGAGAGACACAAAUGCUAUUAGGCCGACCGGUAUAUAUAUAUUCAACGGUCUGCCUUUCGACUGGAGGCCCGAAAUUCGCGGCCAAUUAAUCGCCGCAUACAGCUACGGUAAUGUUCCUGGAAAUUUGUUGGGCGGCAUGAUGGCUGUUAAAUGGGGCGCAAAGAACGCGAUCCUUUGGACAUCGAUUCUAGCGGUUACGAUAUCGUUCUUCAGUCCGAUUCUUGCACAAUUUCAUUGGGGCAUUCUUUUAUUCUCGAGGAUAAUCGUCGGUCUGACCGGUGGUAUAACGUUCCCGGCGUGUCACAGUUUGGUGGCGCAAUGGGCGCCUCCGAACGAGAAGGCCCGUUUCGUAUGGUCGUUGCUCGGCGGCACGUUCGGUACUAUUUUCACGUAUCCACUUGUCGCUGGUAUAGCGGAAGCGUUGAACUGGGAGAACGGAUGGUACAUUCCAUCGUUGUUAAUGGUGGUUUGGAUAUUUUUCUGGGCACUGAUCACGUACGAUUCUCCCGAUGAGCAUCCUGGUAUCACAGCUGAAGAAAAGGAAUACAUUAUCACUGAACAAGCGGGCACAGUUCGCAAAGUAAAGCCGACGUUGAAACAAACACCGAUUAAAGAAAUAUUUACUUCAAUACCGUUUCUCAGCUUGAUCGUGUGCCAUUUCGGGAAUAUGUUUCUCCUCUUCUUUUAUCAAAACGCCAUGAUGAUCUAUCUAACAAAAGCUUUAGGAUUCGAAUUGACAAGAGGGGGUAUCGCUGCCGCUCUUCCCUGGCUUUUCAGGAUGGUCUUCGGCUUCUUUUUCAGUUGGGCCGGUGACACGCUUAAGAGGAAAAACAUUCUUCGUGUCACUGUUAUCCGUAAAGGAGCAACGAUAUUCUCUCAUUUUCUGCCCGGAGUCUUCUUCAUUUUGGUCGGAUACGUUGGAGCCAGGUUCAUUCUCGCCAACAUAUUUCUCAUGCUGGCGCUUGGGUUUAAUGGAGCGGCGAGCAUCUCCAACUUGUCCAACAAUCAAGAUCUAUCCCCGAAUUUUGCCGGUUUUUUAUACGGUAUCAUGAACACUAUCGGUUGUACUUCCGGUUUUAUUAUUUCUCCUCUGGUCGAGGAGAUAGCUGGAAAAUAUGGAAAUCCUAUCGAUAGAUGGCAAAUAUUAUUCUGGAUCGGUGCAGGAGUGUGCAUAGUUUGCAUGAUCGUCUUUAUAAUCGGUGGAAGCGGAAACAUUCAACCUUGGAACGAGGUCCAAGUCGAAACAGAUGAGGGCGAAACUUAAUUAUAUUUAUAACUUUUAUUUUUACUUUUAACGUUAAAUAUUUUUGCGAUAAAAAAAGUUAAAAUAAGUAUUAAUUUAAAUUAUAAAUUACGUAUAUUUUAUAAAACCAUAAUAACGUUUUACUAUACUUUUUAUCGUACUGACAAAUAGUCAUCGUGGAUGCAUAAGAAAUGUUAUUGUAAAUAUUUUAUAAAUCUUUCGAUGCAAAUAGAUAAGUUCUAGUGAGAAAGAGAGAAA